AUCAACGCAAGUUACAGAGCCGCGGCUCGUUGAGCGACGCUCACCCAGUUCGGGUUCCGGCGGAAGUGUAGACGGUUGCAUCUGGCCGUCUACCUCCCCCGGCCUCGACACGAGCAUCCUCCACCAUCAUGCCGUCCUUCUUCGCCCCAAGCCUUCAUGGCUUACCCCCCACGCCACCGCAUGUUAACAACGGUGACCAGCCCUACUAUCUGACAGGGCCGUCCGCCUUCCCGCCGCGAUACACCCAGAGUGGCUGUGAAUUUAUCGAGCAGUACUCCCAGUCGACGUGUUACGCCAAGCAAGCUUCGCUCAACAUGCACGGUCACUCCAUGCACCCGAUGCGAAGCGGCCGGGAUAUGGCGUCGACGCAGUCGACAAUGGUCCCGCACGGCAUGCAGCAAGCGAUGUACGGACCUGUCGCUGCCGGUUCCAUGCUGCCACCGCUGCGCACCGAUGUCCAGCUCCCGCCCGUGGAUAGCGCGAUCCCGCCUCAGUACCGUCAACAGGACAUGUUCAUCCGACCCGAACAGCAGCACCCCAAGGACGAAAAAGCGACCGGAGGAGUUGCAGCCUAUUUGGACUAUGAGAUGGACCAGAUGUCGGAUUUCGUGGCUGAGAUGGCCCAGGGAAUGUAUGCUUUGUACAUCACCAAGAUCAACCUUUCAGAUAUUGACUUCGCUCGAAGCGUCUACCCAGGAACUCCGGUGCCACCUCAGUUUAGAAAAUACGUCUACCAGAUCUUGUCGUCCACUCGCCUCCCCAGUUCCACGAUCCUGCUGGGCCUCUUCUACCUGGCUAGCAGGAUGCGGAUGCUCUCCGCCGCUGGAGUCUACGCGACGGGCAGUGGCCAGGUAUAUCGCAUGCUGACCACAGCUCUCUUGCUGGGCAGCAAGUUCCUUGACGACAACACCUUCCAGAAUAGGUCGUGGUCAGAGGUCAGCAACAUCCCGGUCUCAGAAUUGAACAAGACGGAGCUCGAAUGGUUGUUUGCCUUCGAGUGGAAGAUCCACGAACGGAUCCAUAACAAGCAGGAUGGCUUCGCGACUUGGCUCUCUCACUGGGAGACUUGGCGUGCCAAAGCCGCCGUAAGGGCUUGUGAGACCCGUCACAAGCUGGCUCCGAUCGACACGAAUAUUCCCAGGCAACAUGCGGUCUCGAAACCCUUGAUGUCGCCAGAAGGUCCUAUUCCGCCGCAGUAUCAACGCAGCGCGCAUAUGGAUACUACCUGGCUGAAUCCUGCUGCUUCCGAGUAUUCACCUCCAUCGGCUCCGCACAGCGGUCCAAACACGCCCGAUUAUUACAGUUUGGGGGCGUGGGCUUAUGCUAACCCGCCGCCUCCUUACUCGCGUGCGUGGAUUCCCCAGAGUCAGUACAUGGCGCAAGCAGGACCCCGAUCGCAGCCACCAUCGUACCAUCACACUCCAGCCUAUUCGAUCCCGUUGACGCACAGUGUGUGGACCGGUCACGGCUCCUCUUGUGGAUGUGUCUACUGCAUGAAGCAUCAUGAAAACUACAUGUGCACGAACGCUUUUGGAGCUAUGCAGCCUGUUGUUGCAGGCUAGACCACUAGGUCCGAGUUUGCUCUAUGGUGCCGCAGUCUGACAUCAAUCUUCUCGGAAUCACUUUUUAAUUCAUGUUCAACGAUGUCGAUUUUUUUUUAGCUGUUCGAUGAUACCGCACCAUUUUUGCUCGCCAUUGUCGAUUCGAAUUGCUCGUAUAUCCAUUUGUCGUCGUCUCGGAAAAAGUAAUCUUAUGUUUCUCUCACGGGCCUCGCGAAAGCUUAAAAAAAGUCAGCAGCAGAGCGGAAUGAGCGCCUUUUUUUUUACGGUUCUUAUCACCUUUACGACGCAGAAAAAAACAGUCGCCAUGUCUCCG